GGCGGGGGUAAAUGUGGAAUUCGGUUGUGGGGUUGGGGGAAAGCAGUGACCGCCGAGCUUCCUCGGCUUCCUCUUCUUCCCCUUCAUCUGGAGCAUCCCGCAAGCCCUCAUCACCGCCGAUCUCUCCACUGCUUUCCCCGCAACGGCGGCUUCGUCAUCUAGGCCCACAAGGCCUUCGGCGAUGAUUAAAGUUUACGGUGAAGAACCCACCGUCGCGGCCACAGACCCCCUCCUCGGCUUCCUUCUCUCUCUGGGUUUCAGCAGUUUCAGCAGCAGAAACAGCAGCCGGAGGUGGCGCACUAAGUGUUUUCCUGCGGCGUCGAGUAGGUACACACGGCAUGCAUAAAAUUAGCGCAGAAACAAGGAAGUGUAUUUGUAGCUGAUCAUGGUGCUAUGGGGAAGCUAAUCAGGCUAUCCUUUGCUCAUUUGAGGUUGAUCUUGGCUUUUACUUUUAUUGGUGUCUUGCCUAUAUUUGAUUCAUAGAGGCUAAAUAGUAUUGGGGCCAUGAACAUAAUAUGGCCAAGGCUUCUAACCCCUUCACACCUCAUUCAGCUCAUUAGGAACCAGAAAAACCCUUUGACAGGUCUUCAAAUCUUCAAUGAAGCGAAAUCAAAAUUCCCCAACUACCGUCAUAAUGGUCCGGUCUAUGCUACUAUGAUCAAUAUCCUUGGAAGCUCAGGCCGAAUAGCUGAGAUGAAAGAAGUGAUUGGCCAGAUGAAAGAUGAUUCAUGUGAGUGCAGAGAUACGGUCUUUGCAAGUGCAAUCAAGAGGUAUGCAAAAGCUGGGUUAGUGGAGGAAGCCAUCUCUCUGUUUAGAAGCCUUCCCCAAUUCAACUGUGUAAAUUGGACAGAAUCUUUCAAUACACUUCUGCAAAUAAUGGUGCAAGAAUAUGAGCUAGACACUGCUAUUCGCCUUUUCUUAGAUAACUCUCAUCGUUGGGAAGUGAAGUCUCGGAUUCGCUGCUUGAAUUUGCUUAUAUACGCUCUCUGUCAAAGGAACCAUUCUGAUCUCGCAUUGCAAGUUUUCCAGGAAAUGAACUACAUGUGCUGCAUUCCAGAUAGAGAAACCUAUCGGAUUUUGAUGAGAGGUUUGUGUGAUGACGGGAGGCUAGAUGAAGCCACUCAUUUGCUGUACUCCAUGUUUUGGCGAAUAUCUCAGAAGGGCAGUGGUGAGGAUAUUGUAGUUUAUAGAACUCUCUUAGAUGCUUUAUGUGAUCACGGACAGGUCCAACAAGCUGUGGAUAUUCUUGACAAGGUUCUAAGGAAAGGCCUCAAGUCCCCUAAGCGACCUCGGAAACAGUUUAAUCUUGACUGCUUUAGCGAUGUUGAGGUACAAGGGGCUAAGGUUUUGAUCCAUGAAGCUUUGAUCAAAGGUUUGGUUCCAAACUCCGAUUGUUACAAUGCAAUGGGUGUUGAUCUUUACAUUGAAGGUAAAAUUACCGAGGCUAACAAAGUGCUCUAUGAAAUGAGUGAUAAAGGGUUUCGACCAUCACUUCCAAUAUACGAAGCUAAGGUAUCUGCUUUGUGCAGUGAACGUAAGAUUGAUGAAGCAAUACAAGUGAUUGAAGUGGAUAUGGUGGAGGGGAAUUGUGUUCCCUCUGUUGGCAUAUACAAUGCUGUAUUAAAAGGACUGUGUUGUGAAAGGAAAUCUAUUCUAGCUGUUGAGUAUUUUGAGAAGAUAUCUAGACGAGUUGGCCGUGUCUCUGAUAAGGAAACUUGCACGAUUCUAGUAGAGGGGCUUUGUAAUGAGGGUAGAUAUGAGGAAGGCAGCCGGAUUUUGGAGCGGAUGCUAAUUAAGUCAUAUUGGCCAAGUCUUGCUAUUUUUAGUACACUUAUCAAGGGGCUUUGUACUGUGGGUAGGCUAUAUGAAGCAGGUAUGUGGUUGGAGGAGAUGGUCAGUGAAGGGAAGAUACCGGAACGCUGUGUCUGGGAUUCAUUGGUGACUUCGUUCUGCUCUGAUACAGUUGUCACUGACUUUGUCUCUUCAUUUGUUGAGCAACUAAAGUCACUUUCUUGAUGGAAAAUCGUCUUGAGCGGUAGUUCUCUUCUUUUUUUUUGAUGAUGUGGUCGGUUCUAAAAUUGUGGUUCGAAGUUGUGAAAAUGAAGUAGAAGGAAUUAUUAUACAGAAUGGAGAAAAGGGAAACUGAACGUAGCCAAACUCUUAUCUCUAUUUCUUUUCACCUCUAGCCACAGUGCUGCCCGGCCGCAACAAGAAGCAUAACAUUUUCCACUGUGUACCAUAUGAACCUCUAAUCACUGUGAGGCAUAACAUUUAUCGUUAAGAAGUGUAACAUUUACUACUGGAAGGCAUAACAUUUUUCAAAUACAGGCGCAACUUUUUUUUAAA